AAUUUAUUGAACUUUUUUCUUUUCUUCCUUCCAUCAACGAACGCUCUUGUCGCAAGCAAUAUUCCACUACAACCACCUCAAUCUCCAGGCGCAGGAUUCGACCUCUUUGCGUCCUCAAUUAAAAUCAGAAGCAAUGGCUCCCUCCACAAAGAAGUCCGGCAAGCAGGCUAAGACGACCAAGAAGUUCGUCAUCAACGCCCAGCAGCCCGCUAGCGACAAGAUCUUCGACACUGCCGCCUUCGAGAAGUUCCUUCAGGACAAGAUCAAGGUUGAAGGCCGCACCGGUAACCUCGGCGACAACAUCGUCAUCCAACAAGCUGGCGAGGGAAAAAUCGAGAUCAUUGCGCAUAACGAGCUCUCUGGCCGAUACCUCAAGUACCUUACCAAGAAGUUCCUCAAGAAGAUGCAGCUCCGUGACUGGCUCCGUGUCGUCUCUACUUCCAAGGGUGUUUACGAACUCAAGUUCUUCAACGUCGUUAACGACGAGGCUGAUGAAGAUGAGGAUUAAACGAGCAUGCGAUCAUGACAAAUGGGUAAAACUGGUGGCGGUGCAUGGGUUCGGCGUGGAAAAGGUACUUCUACGCUAUCAAGGAUAGACUUGAGUUCUCAGGAAUGAAAUUCACCCAUGCAAAUGAU